AAAUUACAACCGCAUGAUGUUAAUCACAAACGGAGUUAAACCGUAUCGGCGACCGGUUUAGUGUUUGGCAGUGUUCACCAAGCAAAUGCGAAUCAAAAUCAAAUCGCCUGCUUUUACUUUCUUCAAUUCCCAUAUCGAAGAAGAAUCAUCAAAGUCAAGCAAAUCAAUCCCUCGGAGAAGAGAUCCAACAAAGUCCUUAGAGAAGAACACCUAGACCACCAGUCGUAUUUGGGGAGCACAUCUUCAUCAAUCAAAUCAAAUCAAAUGGCUAGCAGCUGGAGAAGAUCAAUUGGGAACGUGAGGUCUUUCAUCGGUAAUUCCAUGGGUGGUCUUAGAGGUGGUCAGAGUGCCGCUUCUUGGGUCGUCGCCGGUACUAUUGCCUAUUUUCUCUGGAUUAAGCCAGCUCAAGAUCUUAAAAAAGAACAAGAGGCUAGAGCAGCUCUUGCAGCAAUGGCUGAUUCAAAUCAAUACGUUGAGAAAAGGAAACCAAUUGCUGAUCCUCAGGUUACUGGUUUGAUAUAUGGAAACAAGAACAGAUCUGAUAAGCCACAAGAUUGAGUUUUUUUUACUGUAAGUUUGAAGUUGAACAUCUGGUGGUUGUAAGUUAGCUUCUACUGUUUUUUGUCAGGUCCCCCCCCCC